UGUUUACUAUAUAAAAAAAAUUGAUCCACGCCGUGUGAUGUAAAUCCUUAGAUUGAAUACGCAGUAAAUCCUUUGCGUAAGACAGUGAUUAUGAAUGGUGAAAAUUCAAUUAAAGUCUGGAAACAAAAAAGUUUCAGGCAUGGUUCGGCAUUCACCAGAUCUUACCCACUCCCCUUUAAUCGCUUCAUCUUAAUCCAUUUCUUCACCCCUCUUUCAAACCAAGUCCGCGCAACACAAAACCAAACAAAGCAAAUAAUCAAACACCUUCCGUGCAUCCAAAACCUGGUCACAUUUCCAUUCCCAUGUUUCACCGCGAUCACUCCCCAUGCCUCUUCCUCCUCCUCCUUCUACUCUCCACUUUAUGCAUCUCAUCCAUCUCCCACUCACAACAAUCCACUUGGGCUUCCAAGAAAAUGCGCAUGAGAGAGAAAGUUCGCACCAUCAAUUUCUAGCUCGAAUAGCUCAAAUUUAUGACAAGGUUUGGAAUUUUCAAGGGUUUUACCAUGCCUAUGACAACUAUAUGACUUAUGCAUUUCCGCAUGAUGAGCUAAAGCCACUCUCCAAAACGUACACUGACUCCUUAAGUGAGCUAGGAAAUUUGAAGCUUGAACAUUUACCUCAAGACUACAAUGGAUCUGCCCUUACACUUAUCGAAUCGCUGUCAAGCCUUGUUAUUAUGGGAAACAAUACUGAAUUUGAGAAGGCAGUGCUCUGGCUUUCCGAAAAUCUAAAAUUUGACGUUGACGCACGCAUAAAUCUUUUUGAGUGCAACAUAAGAGUUCUAGGAGGACUUGUCUCUGCUCAUUUACUUGCAUCUGAUUCUUCAAAGAAGUUGUUUCAAGGGACUUACAAUAAUCAGCUCCUAUUUCUGGCUGAAGAUUUAGGGAAACGCUUUCUACCGGCAUUCGAUACGCCCACUGGAUUGCCAUAUGCGUGGAUUAACUUAAAGUAUGGAGUAAUGGAGAAUGAGACUACAGAAACAAGCACUUCAGGGUGUGGUUCACUGAUUCUUGAAAUGGGUGCUUUAUCAAAAGUGACCGGUGACCCUAGGUAUGAAUCUGCAGCUUUGCGAGCCCUUCGUAAGCUAUGGAGCAUGCAGAGUUCAUUACGUUUAUUUGGAACCACAUUAGAUGUGGAAACUGGGGAAUGGAUUGAAUUUUCAUCAGGUAUUGGAGCAGGGGUUGAUUCCUUUUAUGAGUAUCUACUUAAAGCUCAUAUCCUAUUCGGGAAGGAGGACUUUUGGAGAAUGUUUCAUUCUGCUUAUGUUGCUGUGCAGAAAUAUUUCAGACAUGGUCCUUGGUAUCAUGAAGCCGAUAUGAGAACAGGAAAAGCAACUUACUGGCAGCUUACAAGUCUUCAAGCAUUUUGGCCUGGUCUACAGGUUCUUAUUGGGGAUAUCACAGCCGCCAAUUCAUCUCACCGUGAGUUCUUCCAUGUGUGGAAGAGAUUUGGUGUGCUACCUGAGCGGUAUUUGCUGGACCACCGGAUGAUUCACCCUACUGAAAAAUAUUAUCCGUUACGUCCUGAACUCGCCGAGUCAACAUUCUAUUUAUAUCAAGCAACUAAAGAUCCAUGGUAUAUUGAAGUGGGUGAAACAAUAGUUAAUUCCCUUAAUCUAUACACCAAAAUAGAAGGUGGUUUUGCAAGCGUCAAGGAUGUGACAACUAUGCAGUUGGAAGAUCAUCAACAUAGUUUUUUUCUUGCUGAAACGUGCAAAUAUUUAUAUCUCCUAUUUGAUGAUUCGUUUGUACAUGAGACUAACUAUGUAUUUACCACCGAAGGGCAUCCCCUUCCUGUACUCAGCGCAUGGCAUGAGAAGCUUCCAGAAACUUAUAUUCCUACUAAUUGGACUUUCAUGAAGAGACAACCAGAAGCGAGUCGAAUCAGUUCAAUGUCUUUGCAAGUUUGCCCUGCCAUCACAUUGAAAUCAGGCCAACACAUUGAGAGUGCAUGCCACAUCCCUGAUGCGCGUAGUGAUUAUAGAUGUUUGACUGACGAAGAUUGUGGAGUUGAUUCCACGACAUGUGCACGAAGAUCUUGUAGCAUGGCUGGUUAUUGUGGAUUAUGGAUCUUUUAAUCAUGAUACUUGUUUAGUUGAUUUGUUUUAGGUACAGAAAAUAUAAGUCAGAAUCAGUAUACAAACCACUGAAACAACUAAUGAGCACCAGUUUAUGUCACAGGAAUGAGAGUUAUUUGGUAGGUACACAUUUGACAAUUCUUUUAGGAUAUAAUAGCUUUUUAUUCUGAUUAUAUGAGCAUUGAAUAGUUGUAUUCCUUUUCCUUAGAUCAGUUCAGCAACCAUGAUAAGGAGGAGAGAAAAUAAAAACAUCAUUGGGAGAAGUUGGAUUAUGAGAAUGAGUAUACAGAGUGAAUAUAACAUUCUUUCUACCUAUUUCUCAUCUUUUUUAGGAUUUGUCCGUGGAUUUGAAUGAUUUGAUGUAUAUUUAUCAUUGACCAAAAGUGAUACCUAGAUAGUAGAUAGGGUUUAGCAUC